GACGAGAGUUCUCCCUGCCUGCGCUGUUUCCAUCGGCGACAUCUCGCGCCAAAUAGCGCAGGCCAAUGAGUGUCCCCAGUACACACAGAUACUACACGAGCCGAUGAUGUUACAGCGCCUGAAAGGGCUUCCCUCUGUACGCUGUUAGCUGCCGGUGUUGUCUGGCAGCGUUGACAGCUCGCUAGCUUGCUUGUUCACACGAUUGAUGCCAACUAUAAAGCGAGCUGAAGAGCACAGCUAGCUAGCAGGCCAGCUGUCCACCUGGACCGGAGUCGAGCAGGAGCCCUUGCUAGCUGGCUAACCAGCCCGGGAGAAGCAUCCGACUGUGUGUAAGUGUCUUCCUGACGAUGGGAAACGCCGCUGCUGCCAAGAAAGGCAACGAAUUAGAAAGCGUGAAAGAAUUUUUAGCCAAAGCCAGAGAGGAUUUCUUGAGGAAAUGGGAAUGUCCGCCACAGAGCACAACCUGCCUUGAUGACUUUGAAAGACUGAAGACUCUGGGUACUGGUUCUUUUGGAAGAGUUAUGUUAGUGAAGCAUAAAGCAACGGAGCAAUACUAUGCUAUGAAGAUCCUAGACAAGCAGAAAGUGGUGAAGCUGAAACAAAUAGAACACACGUUAAAUGAGAAGAGAAUAUUGCAGGCUGUCUCUUUUCCAUUUCUCGUCAGAUUGGAAUACUCUUUCAAGGACAACUCAAAUUUGUAUAUGGUUAUGGAGUAUGUUCCUGGUGGAGAGAUGUUCUCACACCUCAGACGAAUUGGAAGAUUCAGUGAGCACCAUGCCAGGUUCUAUGCAGCUCAGAUCGUGCUUACGUUUGAGUACCUUCACUCACUAGACCUCAUCUACAGAGACCUAAAGCCUGAGAACCUUCUCAUCGAUCAACACGGAUACAUCCAGGUGACAGAUUUUGGCUUUGCUAAAAGAGUAAAAGGCAGGACUUGGACAUUAUGUGGCACACCAGAAUACCUGGCUCCAGAGAUCAUCCUUAGCAAGGGCUACAAUAAAGCUGUGGAUUGGUGGGCUCUUGGUGUUCUGAUCUACGAGAUGGCUGCAGGUUACCCACCCUUUUUUGCCGACCAGCCAAUCCAGAUUUAUGAGAAAAUUGUAUCUGGAAAGGUACGAUUCCCUUCUCACUUCAGUUCCGACCUAAAGGACUUGCUGAAAAAUCUGCUUCAGGUUGAUCUCACCAAACGCUUUGGCAAUCUAAAAAAUGGGGUCAAUGACAUUAAAAACCACAAGUGGUUUGCCACGACAGACUGGAUCGCUAUUUAUGAAAGAAAGGUUGAGGCGCCCAUCAUACCAAAGUGCAGAGGGCCAGGGGACACGAGCAACUUCGACGACUAUGAAGAGGAGGAGAUCCGGAUCUCCGACACAGAGAAGUGCGCCAAGGAGUUCCUGGAGUUUUAGUAGGACGAGAGUUCUCAAAGGGCUCUUACAUAUUGGGAUUUUUUUUUUCUUUUUUCAUUUUCUUCACACUCCUUCAAGGGUGAGAGUGAAGCUCCGACCGUCAUGUGUGUUUAGACUGUUUCACGUUUCUUCAUUCCAUGAGGUUGUGAGAGAGUCAUGAUCUCUGUGUGCAGUUUGCACCAAGCUAUAGAUGAAGUUCAGCACGGAAUGCAGUUUCUCUUUUAGGCUGCAACACAAAGCACCAGACACACUUAUUGUUUUUUUUUCCCCUCUCUCUUUUUUUCUUAGGGCUUUAAGCAUAUUUUUUAAAAUUGGUUUUCAACUUUGUUUUAUUUUAUACUUUUUUUUAACUGUGAUGAAUGAAAAGGCCACUUUUACACGUGUUUAAUGAUUACUAUUAGUUUGUGAUAACGCACUUUUUUUAAGGAUCGGUGCUGCUUGUUCUUGCCAGCAACGUUACAUCAGUUUCAUGCAAAUUUAGUUUUAAGCUUUAUGCUGUUCAUGACAUAUUCACUUCCCGCCUACGUAGGGUGAGUUUGUGCGUGUGUGUGUGUUUGUGCUUAUGUAUCACUGCGUGUGGGUGGUGUAUGUAUGUAUGUAUGUAUGUAUGUAUGUAUGUGUGUAUGUGUACAA